AUGCAGCGCAAUGAACAAGCGCAGGCUGAGCAAAUGUUUCUGUUGGCUUUACACGAACGUUUCGCUCAACAGUUACGACCUCAAACUGAAAUGCAUCGAAUAUGGCAAAAUAUGAUGCUUGGGUUACCAACUUUGUUGCCACCACUAGAUAUAUCCUCAUUACCAGGCACUAGCCAAGCCUUGUUGCAUCCUCUCUAUCAGCUCCAUAUAAUCGUCUUAGUGAAUGUUAUGGCUAUUGUACGAAAAUUAAGCUCUUUCCAUCUUUGA